CUGGAAGAAGAAACGUUGUAGAAGGAAAGAUUCCAAGGAAAUCUAGAGUUGUGAAUGGUCUAGAUCGGGUUUUCUGUAUCUUAAAAUGAACUACACUCCAGAUACGUUUAGUAUAGGUGUGGCUGGAAACAGAGGAGUGAAUUUUGUGAGCGGUAACGUGGAUCUUAGCGGAGCACUGAUCAUUAAAGCUCGUCUUGGUGACGAUAUAAGAUGCAUUCCGAUCCACAACGAAGAUUUGACGUACGAUGAUUUGCUCUUGAUGAUGCAGCGCGUUUUCAGAGGCAAACUCAGUAGUACAGAUGAUAUUACAAUUAAAUAUAAAGACGAAGGUAAGUAUUAGUUUAUUUGUGGCUUGUUAGAAAUGAGACGAAAGUGAUUCACAACAGCUUGUGGACAAUGAUGAUUCUAAAUGAAACAAUGAACGUGACACUUGUCUUGACUUAUUGUAGAUGGGGAUCUCGUUACAAUUUUCGAUAGCUCCGAUCUUGGUUUUGCAAAAACUGUCAGUAGGAUGUUGAAGAUAACAUUAUUUGGUGAGUUGCCUUCUUAUUUAACAAUUAAACCACAGGUAUCCCAAGCUUGAAAUAUGAGCAUCGGCGAGCAUCGUCAUUGUUGCGUACCUUUCAAAAUAUAAGGAUUUGUAUGGGAAACAAACCUACCGUUUCUGCAACCUACGAAAAUGAAAGGAUUUCAAUAAAAAACAGCUUACCUUACUUAAAAUGUGUGUUACGUCUCUCCUAUGUGGUCCACGGGCCGAAAUUAUUUCAUCAUUAGCAGAUCAGAGUGCAAACAAAAAAAUUCUUCAAAUGCAUUUUGAAUUUGCAUAUUUCUAUUUUAUUUGUAUUCAUUUGGAAUUGAAACGAUAUAUACGUUUAUACUGAUGUACGCUCCCGUAGUUUACUCGAAACCCAUGCCCAAUUCCAGUGUUUUCAGACCAAAAAGACCCAGAAAACCCUACACUUCGUGGGGGCACAUACCUAUAGGGCUUAUAUAAGGGAGUACCCCCCUCCCCGGGUCCUAACCCCUUUCAUGAUUGUUAUAGACCGAGACCAGGUCUAAAAAUGGGUGUAGAAAAUAGCGAUUUUGAUGUCAGGCGCAUGAUUCAGAGAACUGGGCAGCACACCUCCACCAAGAAUUUCUAAGAGUACUUAUAACUUAAACCCAUGUGUCUUGCUAUUUAGCAAUCUUUUGGCCUUAUUUUUACCUAGAGCAAUGAGCACCGUUUUUACCAACGUAGUCCAUAGUCCAUAUUUUAUACCCAGUCCACAGUCCACAGUCUGCGUUUUAUACCUAGUCCGUAUUUUAUUCCCAGUCCGCAGUCUGUAGUUCACAGUCAGCAGUCCAUGUUUCAUACUGACCGAUUAUCAUUCCUUUAACAUUACUGUUCUCACACAUGCACCUUCAACCCACAGGCUAAACAGACAGGCGAAGAAGAUCUUUCUUUCAUAUGAAAGUCCAGUUAUUGACCUGAUUGGUCAAUUAAGAUGAGAUGUUGUUAGUGGUUUGUCAGUUAGGCCAUGACUUUAUUGGCUACAUGUAUGAUGACUCGUAAUGUCAUUUGUGCGUUUCAAUCUGUCUAUUGUCACAGUUAAACAGUUGUUUAUUGUCAAUCAAAUUAAUAUUGUCUGUUGUCCAAUCAUUCUCUCAUAGUUAGUUUACAGCUUACUUUGACUCUGAAGAUGACUACUGCACAGGUUAUCAAAACGUCAGUCACUGUCAACAUGGAUAAUAGAAAGACUGGAUAGGAAACUGGCUGACGCGACCGGUUCCAACAUAGUGGAAAAGUGUGACGUCAUGUUUUCGAGAGCCAUUCAACCUCUUACAUCUGGAUCCGAUGUUUUGUGCAUCUUAUUUUUCAUCGCUUAUUUCAUAUAUACAGGUUGCCCAUGUUUUGAAGUAAAGGAUGAAGAGGAAUUGUUCUUGGAGAAGAUAGUUUAAGGGUACAAAACCGCAAAAGACAGAGUAAAUGAUUAUGAAACUUGUGAGAGCGAAGAAUGACUCCGGCGCCCGAUAAUUUUAUGUACCAAACGGGAAGCCUAGCUACAUAAAAACUAUGCGAAAACGUACAUGUAUACANUGUGAGCGGUAACGUGGAUCUUAGCGGAGCACUGAUCAUUAAAGCUCGUCUUGGUGACGAUAUAAGAUGCAUUCCGAUCCACAACGAAGAUUUGACGUACGAUGAUUUGCUCUUGAUGAUGCAGCGCGUUUUCAGAGGCAAACUCAGUAGUACAGAUGAUAUUACAAUUAAAUAUAAAGACGAAGGUAAGUAUUAGUUUAUUUGUGGCUUGUUAGAAAUGAGACGAAAGUGAUUCACAACAGCUUGUGGACAAUGAUGAUUCUAAAUGAAACAAUGAACGUGACACUUGUCUUGACUUAUUGUAGAUGGGGAUCUCGUUACAAUUUUCGAUAGCUCCGAUCUUGGUUUUGCAAAAACUGUCAGUAGGAUGUUGAAGAUAACAUUAUUUGGUGAGUUGCCUUCUUAUUUAACAAUUAAACCACAGGUAUCCCAAGCUUGAAAUAUGAGCAUCGGCGAGCAUCGUCAUUGUUGCGUACCUUUCAAAAUAUAAGGAUUUGUAUGGGAAACAAACCUACCGUUUCUGCAACCUACGAAAAUGAAAGGAUUUCAAUAAAAAACAGCUUACCUUACUUAAAAUGUGUGUUACGUCUCUCCUAUGUGGUCCACGGGCCGAAAUUAUUUCAUCAUUAGCAGAUCAGAGUGCAAACAAAAAAAUUCUUCAAAUGCAUUUUGAAUUUGCAUAUUUCUAUUUUAUUUGUAUUCAUUUGGAAUUGAAACGAUAUAUACGUUUAUACUGAUGUACGCUCCCGUAGUUUACUCGAAACCCAUGCCCAAUUCCAGUGUUUUCAGACCAAAAAGACCCAGAAAACCCUACACUUCGUGGGGGCACAUACCUAUAGGGCUUAUAUAAGGGAGUACCCCCCUCCCCGGGUCCUAACCCCUUUCAUGAUUGUUAUAGACCGAGACCAGGUCUAAAAAUGGGUGUAGAAAAUAGCGAUUUUGAUGUCAGGCGCAUGAUUCAGAGAACUGGGCAGCACACCUCCACCAAGAAUUUCUAAGAGUACUUAUAACUUAAACCCAUGUGUCUUGCUAUUUAGCAAUCUUUUGGCCUUAUUUUUACCUAGAGCAAUGAGCACCGUUUUUACCAACGUAGUCCAUAGUCCAUAUUUUAUACCCAGUCCACAGUCCACAGUCCGCGUUUUAUACCUAGUCCGUAUUUUAUUCCCAGUCCGCAGUCUGUAGUUCACAGUCAGCAGUCCAUGUUUCAUACUGACCGAUUAUCAUUCCUUUAACAUUACUGUUCUCACACAUGCACCUUCAACCCACAGGCUAAACAGACAGGCGAAGAAGAUCUUUCUUUCAUAUGAAAGUCCAGUUAUUGACCUGAUUGGUCAAUUAAGAUGAGAUGUUGUUAGUGGUUUGUCAGUUAGGCCAUGACUUUAUUGGCUACAUGUAUGAUGACUCGUAAUGUCAUUUGUGCGUUUCAAUCUGUCUAUUGUCACAGUUAAACAGUUGUUUAUUGUCAAUCAAAUUAAUAUUGUCUGUUGUCCAAUCAUUCUCUCAUAGUUAGUUUACAGCUCACUUUGACUCUGAAGAUGACUACUGCACAGGUUAUCAAAACGUCAGUCACUGUCAACAACAGUCCUAUUAAGGACUAUGUUCACUUGGGCCGGGUUGUUCAAAGCUGGGUUAAAAUAACCCAGGGUUACUGCAAGAUUUGAAUUCAGAUUUGAAGGAUUGAAAAGCAUUUCAGUCUUUAAUUCUUUUUGUCUACAAUUUGAUGAUUGGGAGCUCUAAAAAUAACGUAGAAAAUUAUCCGAGAAAAUGCUUUUGAACACAAUAAAAAGAAACUCGGGUUAAAUUUAACCCUGGGUUAAGCGCUAAUCGGCCUUCCAACAACUGUGCCCUGGGCGAUCACUAGUAUUUGCAGGCAGGAGGAAAAGAGCUUGCCAAAUACCAUGGAAAAGAGAUCUCUGCUGGCAGGGAAUUUACAUCCACUUGGAAAAACAACAUUAUUUUCUUUGUCUCUGUGCCAUUAACCCUUUAAGUCCCAAUAGUGACCAACAUCAAUUUUCUCCUAACAAUAUCCAUGUGUUGCCAAGAGAAAUGGUUAUGAGAGUUAAUAAAAUGAUCGGUAAAGAGAAAAUGCUUUGAUAUGUUAUCAAACUCUCUCAACUAAUUCUUUAAAGAAAUGUAUGAAGAUCAGUAUGGAGAAUUUAUAUGUGGAUAUUGGGGCUUAAAGGGUUGAUUUGUUUGUGUGUCUCCCUCAUUUAUUAGAAGUUCUUACAUUUAUGUUAUGCAUUUAUUGUUUUACUCAGUUAAUGGAAUUCCAAGACCCCCUGAGCAUACGCUUGUUGCAGAAUUUAGGAGAGAAUUAACACAGCUUAGAGACAGAGUGAACUACUUACUGAAUAGACUGGACACUAGUGAUGACAGUGAAUCACCCAAGGGGGAACAACAACAGCCAGUAGAAAAGAGAAAUGUACAAGGUUUGUUUCCUGUUAAUAAUGAUGAUAGCAUAAUAUGUAAGGAUGUUUGAAUGAUUUUUUUUCAACAUGGUGACAUCAUUGUGUACUGAUAAAAAUUACAUAUUUAUUUAUUUAUACAGGAGCAUCUGGUUUAGCAUAGCUAAGUUAAACAGAGUCCUGUGUAAAAAGAAAAAACCACUAUCAUUAAUUACCACUAAUCGAUAAAAAUGCCAUUAUCUAAUUAAUACAAAACAAUUAUGAAAAGAGAGUAGUACACUAAAAGUGAGUAAGCAUACGACGAUGGAAGGAUUUAAGGGAAAGCUGCCUGGGACUUGAAAUACUUUUUCACAAUUUAUUGAAGUCUUUAAUGGCUCUACUAUUGGAGGGGAGGGAAUUGUAGGCCAGCGCACUAUUACAACCCUCCAAGUUAAAAUUUUUGUUUAGUGGCCAUUUUGUGACCAACUCUUUGGGUUUAGUCACCAGGGGAAAUUUUAGGCACCAAAUUAUAUUAAUAA